AUGGCAAGGCUAUUACAUCCUAAGGGGACAGAAAUUUCAUUCACUCUAAACAAUGGUGUUCGUAUGCCAGCCCUCGGUUUAGGUACUGCUAAUCCACAUCCCGAAAUUGGGCGUACCAAGCAAGCUGUGAAAGCCGCGGUUAAAGCUGGAUACAGACAUAUUGAUACUGCAUGGGCAUAUGGUUCUGAACCGUUCGUCGGUGAAGCCAUUAAAGAGUUGAUGGAAGAAGGUGUGAUUAGGAGAGAAGACAUUUUCAUUACGUCUAAGGUUUGGCCAGUCCUUUGGGAUGACGUAGAAAGAUCGUUGAAUGAGAGUUUAGAAAGUUUAGGUGUUGACUACAUCGAUUUGUGGUUACAACACUGGCCCCUCUGUUAUGUCAAGCAAGAGGAUACUCAUGGUAUUAAUGGGCUUGCAAGAAAUCCGGAGACUCCAAAUGGUGAACCCUACUACGAAGUUGACGGUGACUGGUUAGAAACUUAUGUGCAAAUGGAGAAGAUUUAUUUGGAUCCAUCAGAUAACCGUGUGAGAAGUAUAGGUGUGUCCAACUUCCCUGUACAAUAUUUGGAAAGAACUCUUUUCGAGUGUGCAGUAAAACCGGCCGUAAAUCAAGUGGAAAUGCACCCAAGAUUGCCCCAAUUUGAGUUGAAUAAAUUUUGUCGCGCACACAAUAUCUUGUUGGAGGCAUAUUCACCGCUUGGUUCUCAUAAUGCCCCUAACGUUCAUCUUCAAUUGGUGCAGGAUUUGGCUGAGAAGUACAGUAUGUCUCCCAGUGGUAUAUUAAAUUCUUACCAUAUAAGACAGGGCAAUGCCGUUGUUAGUAGAUCGGUGAAUACGAUGAGAAUUGCUUCCAAUGUUGAAUUUGCUGCUUUGACAGAAGAAGAGUUGGACAACUUGGAUCAAUUGGGAAUUACAAAACCCAAGAGAUUUGUCAAUGAGAAAUGGAAUGCCGUUGUUCCUGGCUUCUCCGGUGAGGGACCCGCAAUAUAA